CGCAGUAUGCGUCAGCCCUAGCCCAGAACCCAGAGAUCAUUGCGCGAGCGGAGGAGGGCAUUUUGUGGCGAGAGAGACUGCUAGAGGGGGAGCAGGAAGAAGAGAGCACAAGAUGGCGGCUUGAGGAGGAUCAGGAGAGGGGUUGCGGUUGUAUUACAGGCUGGGAAGUCGAUAGACGAGCCCGUGACUGAGGGUCGGGAAGCCAUUAGAAAUACGCAGCGGCAAAAGAGCGGGGGGUUGUUGAGAGCGGAAAAAGGAACGAAAACGGGUGACCCCCCCCCCCAAACACAACAAAGAACUCAAAGUAACGCGGAUACUGUUGUCCCUGUGCGGAAGGAUCUGCUUUUGUCACUUCUAGUCUCCCCACGCCGCAUCCGUUGUUAAUCUGUUCCGCUUUAUACCUCCGGGGAAUCGGUACCACCCCGGAUCAUGGCGAGCAGCAGCGGCUCCAAAGCCGAGUUUAUCGUCGGUGGGAAAUAUAAGCUCGUGCGGAAGAUCGGAUCUGGCUCCUUUGGAGACAUUUACCUGGCGAUCAAUAUCACCAAUGGCGAGGAGGUAGCCGUAAAGCUGGAAUCGCAGAAAGCUCGCCACCCCCAGUUGUUGUAUGAAAGCAAAUUGUACAAGAUACUUCAAGGAGGUGUUGGAAUCCCUCAUAUCCGGUGGUAUGGACAAGAAAAGGAUUAUAAUGUUCUAGUUAUGGACUUGCUUGGACCCAGUCUUGAAGAUCUUUUCAAUUUUUGCUCGCGUAGGUUCACAAUGAAGACAGUUCUUAUGUUAGCAGACCAGAUGAUAAGUAGAAUUGAAUAUGUACACACAAAGAAUUUUAUACACAGAGACAUUAAACCAGAUAACUUUCUAAUGGGCAUCGGACGUCACUGUAAUAAGUGUUUAGAAUCUCCAGUGGGGAAGAGGAAAAGAAGCAUGACUGUUAGUACCUCUCAGGACCCAUCUUUCUCAGGAUUAAACCAGUUAUUCCUUAUAGACUUUGGUUUGGCCAAAAAGUACAGAGACAACAGGACGAGGCAGCACAUACCUUAUAGAGAAGACAAAAAUCUUACUGGCACGGCCCGUUAUGCUAGUAUAAACGCUCACCUAGGAAUUGAACAAAGUCGCCGUGAUGAUAUGGAGUCCCUAGGCUACGUGCUAAUGUAUUUCAACAGGACCAGCCUUCCGUGGCAGGGAUUAAAGGUUCCACAGGCAGCUACAAAGAAGCAAAAGUAUGAAAAGAUAAGUGAAAAGAAGAUGUCCACUCCAGUUGAGGUGUUGUGUAAGGGCUUUCCUGCAGAAUUUGCAAUGUAUCUGAACUACUGCCGUGGCUUACGAUUUGAAGAGGCACCAGACUACAUGUACCUGCGACAACUAUUCCGUAUUCUGUUCAGAACACUGAACCACCAAUAUGACUACACAUUUGACUGGACAAUGUUAAAGCAGAAAGCAGCUCAGCAAGCAGCCUCCUCCAGUGGGCCGGGCCAGCAAGCCCAAACCCCCACAGGCAAGCAAACUGACAAAUCCAAGAGUAACAUGAAAGGGUUUUGAACACAAAAGGAGCAGACAUCACAGAGCAGGCUGGAGCUGGACCGGUCACUCCCCUGAAACCUAGAGAUUUUUAGUUGAUAUGUACACUUGCCGGUUGUCGUCGGAGACCAUUUACUUGGUGUAAAGCUGAACUUAAUUUCCGUAUAAACUGGCUACCUGCGGUGUCCAAUACACAGAACGUAGCCGCUGUUAAUAAUUGUGAAUAUCACUAAGAUUAGUGAAACAUGGUGUCCAGUUUUCUAUUGCGUUCCCUCUACACCCCCCCCCUUCCCGAAAGUGUGGGACAGAUAUUAAAAGCGUUGGCAGACUUGUGGAAGAAAUUGUGCAUAUGCCAAUUUUUUUUUUCCGUUUUACUAUGGUUAACCUUGUGAUCCUUACACUGCUUAAGACUUCUACUACUUGAGAAGAAAGGCAUGAGCUGGUUUCCUGAAGGCCAUUGUAUAAAAGAAACAACUCUUCAUUGUUUUUCCCGUUUCUUUUUCAUCACUCGUUAUCACCUUUUUUUUUUAAUUGUACACUUAAAACAUUCUUAACUGUUUCACUGUUUAAAUUAUCUACAGUUUGGUAGAGGUGCACCUUCAGUGAAUGAGUUAAAUCAUUUUUGUUUUUCCUUUCCCUACCUUGUGGUUAUAAUGGUGACCGUGUGGUUUCAGAUUAUUUGGACCUUGUGACAUUAGCACCCAAAUGAGUAAUAGAAACGUAACGAAACCGUUAUUGCCAGAUCUUGGUAGUCUGAAACCAUCUUUUCUCCUUAAUAUAACCAAAGAUUACAGUUUUUAGGCAAACAAUAUGACUGUUUUUUUUUUUUUUAAAGGGUAAGUUCGGGUGCAGACAAGACACAGCUUAGCUUGCUUUUCUUUAGAGCAGGGGUCCCCCAACCUUUUCAAACUGUGAGCCACAUUCAAAUAUAAAAAGAGUUGCGGAGCAACACAAGCAUGAAAAAGUCCAUUGGGGUGCCAAAUAAUGGAUGUGUUGGGCUACAAGAGGCUCUACUUGGCACUAUACUUAGUUUUUAUGCAAUUCAAUCUUGCUUUCAAGCUUGGAAUUCAAAAAUAAUCACCUGCUUUGAGGACCCUGAGAGAAACAUCCAAGGUGUUGGAGAGCAACAUGUUGCUCACAAGCUACUGGUUGGGGAUCCCUGCUUUAGAGAAUGAAAUUAACUGUUCAUGUUGUUAAAGGAAAAACUGCAACAUACUGUUCACAAUUUAGAUAACAUCUUACAAAUAAAGCUUGUUUAAGUGGCUUAGGAAAUGUAAUCACUGUAAACAUGAUCUGGGAUACCUUUGUUUUUAUUUUGAACAUUUUUGUUUGUUUACAUGUUCAUUAAAAACUAAAAUUUAAUC